AUGAGUAGUAGAGAGGAGUAUGGUCAAUUGGAAAACAUUGGAGCAGAGAUAGUUAAGAAGAGUGGCGGAGUUCCCUUGGCUAUAAGAGUAGUCGGAAGCCUGAUGCGCUCGAAGAAAACUGAAAAUGAGUGGUUGUCUGUCAAACAAAGUGUGAUUUGGGAUCUUCCGAAUGAAGGAAGCCCGAUUUUACUUGCCUUGAGAUUGAGUUAUACGAAUCUAACGCCACCUGUGAAGCAAUGCUUUGCAUUUUGCUCUAUAUUCCCCAAAAUUUUUGUCAUUCAGAAGGAGCUGUUGGUAGCUCUAUGGAUGGCAAAUGGCUUCAUUUCUUGCAAUGGGAAAAUGGAUAUGCAUGACAAGGGUGAAGAGAUUUUCCACGAAUUAGUGGGGAGGUCCUUUUUUCAAGAAGUUAAGGAUGAUGGGUUGGGCAACAUAACACGAAAAAUGCAUGAUCUUGUCCAUGAUCUUGCACAGUCCAUUACGAAUCGAGAAUGUUGUUUGAUUGCGGACAAUACAAAGUUGCAAAUUUAUCAAACAGUUCGUCAUGUGGGUGCUUGCAAUACAUCACCAUUUCCUAUAAAAGACAAGUAUUUCAAAUCUCGGUCUGCACGCUCUCUUUUGCUUUUUGAAACUCAUUAUCACAUACACCCUGUGAGUGAUGAUUUUCAUCUGUGUUUUGCUCAACAGAAAUGCCAGACAGCUCUUCUAUCACUUGGAUUAUCUUGGCAUGGGAAUGGAUCUUAUCUUGUCACUCAUAAACCGUUUUUCCAAUCACUGCAAAGGAGUGUUAUACAGGAAAAUAACGAGGAGGAGGUGCUUGAUGGGCUUCAACCUCAUUCAAAUCUGAAGAAGUUGAGCAUAGAUGGAUACGGAGGUUCAAAAUUUCCAAAUUGGAUGAUGAAUUUGAACUUGAUGCUACCAAAUCUAGUGGAGAUGCAGCUAAGAGCAUGUGAGAACUGUGAACAACUUCUACCAUUUGGGAAACUGCAGUUUCUCAAGAAUCUUGAACUAGAUGGAUUGGAUGGUGUGAAGUGUAUUGACAGCCAUGUGUAUGGAGAUGAGCAAAAUCCAUUCCCAUCUUUGGAGAGACUGACGUUUGUUUCAAUGAAGAGACUAGAGCAAUGGGCCGCGUGUAGUUUUCCUCACCUUCGAGAAUUGAAGAUAGUUGAUUGCCCUGUGUUGACCGAAAUGCCAGUUAUACUGUCCGUCAAAACAUUACACAUCAAGGGAGGCAGUGUUCCGUUACUGAUGUCAGUUAGGAACUUCACUUCUCUCAUCUCCCUUCGUAUUGAAAGGAUUUAUUAUGUGAGGGAGCUUCCCGAUGGGUUUUUGCAAAAUCAUACACUCCUCGAGCACUUACAUAUUGGUUGGCUGACAAAUCUGCAGUCUUUUUCGAAUAAGGUAUUACAUAACCUUUCUGCUCUUAAAAGCUUGAGGAUUUUGUUUUGUUUUGGACUUGAAAGCUUGUCAGAGGAAGUUUUUCAGAACCUCAAUUCUUUGGAGGUUUUAGAGAUAAAAGGUUGUAUAAGAUCAAAUUCCCUGCUGCUGUGUGGCUUUUCUUCUCUUCGUAUGUUGUCUGUUUCAACUUGUAAUGAAUUGAUGUCUCUGUCCGAGGGAGUACGACAUCUGACGGCGCUCGAGAAUCUCUACCUUUUUAGUUGUCCGGAGUUGAAUUCAUUGCCAGAGAGUAUCCAACAUCUUGCUUCUCUCCGAUCUCUAACCAUAUUUAAGUGUGAGGGAUUAACUUGUUUGCCAAAUCAUAUUGGAUAUCUCACGUCCCUUUCAAGCUUGGAGAUUGAGCAUUGCCCUAAUUUGAUGUCUUUGCCUGAUGGGGUACAUAGCAACAUCAGAAAGUUGAUAAUUAACAACUGUUUAAAUUCGGAGAAGAGACGUGAGAAAGAGAAAGGAGAAGACUGGACUAAGAUAGCCCACAUGCCUAACAUUAGAAUCAACCGGAAAGCAAUUCAUUUGUUUCUAUAUGGUUUUAGAUUCGAGUUCUUAGUUACUUAUAUAAUGACUACCGAAAACUUAUAUGGUCAUUAA